AUGAACCGCAUAAACAAGCGAACCCGUAGCAAGGCGCCAAAAUCUCGACUGGGCUGUUCGCGGUGCAAGAGUAGACGGAUUAAGUGCGAUGAGACCCGUCCGGCGUGUCAAAACUGCAUAAAAAUUGGGUGCUCGUGUCCCGGGUUUCAACAGGUAUUGCGCUGGUCAACAAAAGAAAUACCUGCCGAUCAGUCGAGGGGGCUUGACAGUCUGCUAUCUGCAGACCAAACAAAUGGAGAUGAUGAUAGCAGCCAAAUGAGCCAAGGCAUCAAUAUUGCAAGCGCCCCGAAUGCUUCACACGACGGACUUGAUGACUUGGCUGUUGACCCUAGUCUUCCCUGGCUGCCUCGGCUUCCUACACCUCUUCAAACUACCGCCAUUGAGUCCGGCGUGCGUCCAGAUGCCGGUGAUACGUGGGACACAAGUGUAAACCCAGCAUCUGGCAUUCCUGACUCACAGUAUAGAGCUCCUGCCCAUCUACCAACGGAACUGAUUGAACAUUGGUUUUGUCAUACUAGCUACAAUCGCCAACUGGCUUGGAACUCAUGGAGCACAUCGAAGGCUGUUUUCUAUACCAUACAAGCGAUGUCCGCCGCUCGCCUUUCGGUCAGCACGCCGCAGUUUCGGUACAUCGAGCGGUCGCUGAGAUCCCAGGCUGCGAUGGCCAUUGAUGAGGCAAUUUAUCUAGUGCGCAAUUCACAGUCACCAAAGGUGACGUCUGACCUUGUCUACGCGGUUUUUACAUUAGGCAAUUCGUGGAAUUGCACCACGUCGACCGUAUCAAACUAUCCAUGGCUGGAGUCUGCCCGCGAAUUACUUUCUAUAUGGGGAACGCAACUAUCCUGCUCAGACACAGCAUUACAUGCGUACUUUAGCCAAGCUUUGGGUUACUGGGAAAUGCUCCUGGCCGCAGCGGGGCGCGGUUCAGUUCCUUUGAGAUUGGAGAGUAAGAGGCGACACUACCAUGUUAGGCUUUACCAAGGGCUGCAACUUUCAGGUUCCAACGCGAAUGGUACCUCCUCCGAGAUAUUACCAAAUGAUCCAGAGCAAAGCCUCCUGGGGACCAGACCCAACUCAUGGUCCGGCAUUUCCAAUGAGGUUAUUGAUGUUUUUGGUCAUGUCUUGGCGUUGUGCUGUAAUAUGAGUCGCCACAGCAAGAACACAGGGAGCUUCACGACUGUCAUGGCGAGCGAAAUGCUCUGUGACUUAUCUAUCGCGCACGACUUACAAAGACAGUUAUUGGCUAUGGAUUUUGAAACCCUGGUUCUCAUGGACGAAAUCCAAGGGUUUCCCGUCCAGACGGGGGAUGACAAUACACCCAUCGGUCAUCUGUUGCAAACUGCAGAAGCAUAUCGACAAGCCGCCUUGUUACAGUUACACCUUGCGUUCAGUGAUCUUCCGAUGGUAUCACGAGAAGCGUAUCACGGCUUCUCAGGGAUAUUACCUACCGAUGGAACAGACAACACAGUCGAGAACCAGCAAUCUCGAGCGACGUAUCUCCUUUCAUUGACCCUAGACCUUGUUGCCCUGCUCCAUCAAAUACCUCCCCAAUCGGGCUCGAGGUCUAUCCAUUUGAUGUUGUAUCUCUCCGCAGCCACGGGCCUCAGAUUUGAAACCAUGUUGGAACCGGGGCGCAUCCCCAACGCGGAUGACACCACGGAUUCAGUCAUUCCACGGUCAACCAUGGAGGUAUCCAGAUCAAGAGAUCUUGUCCUAACGCGACUCAGUAGUCUCCAACAGACGCUACCACACAGACGAAUGGAGGAAACAGUACAGUUUGUGAGAGAUAUAUGGAGGCAGUAUGAUGAUCAGGAGUCACAAUGUCUUAGUAUUGCUCAUUGGCUGGAUACUAUCACGGAGAAAGGAUUAGUUGUAACGUUAUGGUAG